GCCUAUUUUGUUAGGAUCUACGUACGAAAUGAGAGAGGUGAGACAUAUUUUCAGCUGCAGUAAAUCUAGUCUUGAUAUACAAGCCUCCGUAAGAAUUUAGAGCAUUCCUUCUUUCUCGGCGUCCAAGUCGGGUGUUGUUGGGGUCGCUACAUAUUGGUAACUCUAGGCGGGGUUUCUCAAGGACUCGUUAGCUCGUUAGCUUUGGAUGAUAUAUCGGUUGAUUUUAUCUCCCGUGUCGUGAGAGCAAACAGCGGGGUUUCGUCAUCGGGGUGAGCUGCUGUAUAACAUGCGGGGACUUAUAUUAUGUGAUACGGACACGGCAUAAUAGCUGUUUUCGAAUAUUGAUCGAACUUUCGCCGUGUUCUGGCAGUCUCGACUGCUUACGCACCUUUUCUCACAUGGUGUUGUUCGCAUCACAUAUUUUCUAUAAUUCGAGUACCCAAAUAAGCUCCGGGAGGCUUAUGGGGGUGACCGGUCUUCUGCUGGAUCCCCCCAUCCGUAUUUCGUCUUUCACAUUUCACCGAUAGCUACCUAGGUACCUGGUAGGCAUCUAUAAAACUUCCCCUCCGCUCCCCUAUCUAAGGUUCAAUGGAGUUCUUUUUGUUCCGUGCUUCUCAUUAAGUCACAUGUAGCAGUCUUUGGCAUGGAUGAAUCCAGCAACUGGGCUAGUCGGCCUUCAAUUCAGUCUCAACACGGCCAACGCUCAUAUAUGAAGAAUAUGGCGUCGUCACCGCCGUCGACAACUCAUCAUCGAAUCGCUAGUGAUGGUGUACCUCUUACCUCUAGGUCUCUACCUAAUAACACUUUUGGAUAUACUCGCCCUUCCUCUAUAUCGCUUAGAUCGCGGGAAUGGCUUCCUAUCAUGGGCGCAACUAGACCGGCUAGUCCGUCAGUAACGACCUCGAUAAUGAAUUGGCAAGACGAUGGAGACCUCGGCUCUCAAUCAUUUACGAUACCCUCGAACUUGACUCUAGAUGCCUCCAAUCGACACCAGAAGCCAGGUAGCUUUUACAAGUCCUCAGAGCUUUCUCGAGCACCACGGCCAAGGCCAGCUCCAAUGCAGUUUGAGGAUGCUCCUAUGGAUCACCAGUCCCCCGUUACAUCCUCGCAAUCCAUUUUCUCUCCCCGCGACAGAUUUCAGUAUAGUCGUACAGACUCUCGCGCCAGUCUCUUGAAUACGCCAAGUACAGUAUGGAGAAGCCCCCGAACGCCACCCCCUUACUGUACCAUGAUGUCCUCUCCUAGGAAAUGGUGGCAUUGGCGGCCUGCAUGGUUUAUGUAUCUGUCAUUCCUCUUUGGCGUCGCUUGCGCAAUUGGCCAUCACGUAUUUUAUACGUCUUUGAACGGGAAGCCCGCCGUCGACCAGCUCGCUAUGCUUCGAUACGGCACGGUACUUUCAUUCUCAGCCAAAGCUGGACUUGUAGCAGCUGUGGUCAUUGCUUUCAAACAGAGGAUAUGGACUACUGUGAGGAGUAAAUUUCUCAGCGUGGCGGCUUUGGAUUCCCUAUUUGCUGCGGCAGAGGAUGCGUCGGCGCUGCUCAACAUUGAGAUAUACAAACAAGCUAAGAUAGCUAUGCUCUUAGCGGCGUUUGUAUGGCUGACACCUAUAGUGAUAAUAUUGACAAGCAAUACUUUAACUAUGGAAUUAGCUUUGAGCAUAGAGAAUACGGCGUGCUCAGGUAUCCGGACCUUAAAUUUUACGAAAGAUGAACUCGAGGAAUGGAGGAACCCUACCAAGUCCGAUAAUCUAUAUGGCUUGUCAAUGUCGAUAUGGAAUACGACAGCCUCUGAUACUGCCUCGCCGGACUGGUUCGAUUACUAUGCCAGUCCCAGCAACCCCUUAAUCCGAGUUGCAACCCAUGCGGCGUUUAUGGGGCAAGCGGUGAGUAAGAGUAGCAUUAACAUCGACAUCUGUGGCUCUGGCUGGAAUUGCACAUACACUAUCAACUUUACAGCGCCGGCGUAUAAGUGUUCUGAACUUGCCAGUGGUGUUGGAUCAGAGAUCAAGACGCUUGGAAACCAGAAGCCUCCGGACGGGCUUAGCACUAAGCUCCUCGUCCCCGAAGGUGAUUAUAGUUACUAUGCCUACACGAGUGGCGGCGAGUAUUCCACCCAGCAGAUGAAAGAUACUAGCCCCGGAGGUAUCCCAAAUAUGGAGCCGCCAUUUCCUGAAGCUUUAGGAGCAUUCCGUACCGAACCAGUGAUAUGGAUAGGGUAUUCUGUGAGAACUAAUCCGAAUGAAGUGCCACCUCUCAACAGAUCGAUGCCAGGUUGGAGCGACGCCUUCAUUCCUAAGGUGAUUGGAUGCGAGCACUACGAGACCGAUUACACUGUCCUGUUUAACCUGACUGGUGGCCAGCAGAUUACAAAAGUGACGGAGCGUAAAUUCCAACACCGUAUUAUAGAUACGACCUGGAUCCAAGGUACGGAUGCAAACGAUGGUACAAACGACAAUACCACGGCGCGACCGAAAAGCAAUUAUAUCUACCCAAGAAAUGUUCGUAAGUACCGCCGGGUUGCAGCAUUUCAUGCGAUGGGCUUUCAGCUGCGGGAAUUCCUGAACGGUACGAUGAACUCAGCACAGCUCAACAAUCCAAUUGGAAACACAAAGGCAGAUCAAACGAGGUUACUAGACCCUAGACACGACUAUUUCGCAUUCCCAACCCUUGUGAAUUUGGUACAGGAGUUGUACGAAGACAUGAUAAUUUCGUUAUUUUCGAACGGGCAGUUUCUCAGCGUCGUAUGGGCAGCUAAGUCGGACGUGAUGUCCGGGACAGGCGCCGGAGACGAGUCAACCAAGUACCCCUGCGUCCGGUCCCGGCUGGACACUCUCGCGAUCCUAGAGAAUGAGGGGGUGCUGCGCAGUACGCGCUUCUCCAGCAUCGUAGCAGCAACUCGAGGACCGGCGUUAGAAAAAUUGGGUUGGGUUGGAGAAGAUCGGGGCAAUUUACCGCAAGACAUUAAAAACCUAAAGGUUGGCUACGGAAUCGUUCAUAGGAUGAGCGGUCUCGAGGUUCUACAAGAGGAUACGCGAUAUCCCGAAAGAAGGGUUUGGGAUGGCGGUGAUGUGCAUAUGGUUUCGGAUUAGAAGGUGACGUCCGGCAGCUGAGGAGUGAGGGUAGUAUAUUCCGUCAGAGGUGAAUUUUUAUAUACGUUUAAAUAUAUCUACCUGAAGUAGAUGGAUUGCGGGGCCAGUGUGAAGGGUUUAGUAAACACCAAAAUGUAUAAAUUAGGUAUAUUUCAUCUUGACUACAUUAGGUACUUAUUUUCGUACAUGGGAAAAGUAGAUUUUACGCUGCAAAGCCCGGCGAUCUUAUAUCAGACAUAUCAUAUCACAUAUCAGACAUAAUAGACGUAUCAUCGUAUUAGCC